AUGACGACACUAAGGUUCCUGUCCCUGCGAGGCUGCAGCAAAGUCACUGACCAAUCCCUGGCAGUUGUGGGCAAGCUGCGGAACCUGGCCUGCCUUGGUGUGCAGUGCUGCGAAGAGAUCACUGAUGACGGCUUGGGGUACUUGUGCGGCCUCAGCCGCCUGAGGAUGCUUGACCUGUCCGGCUGCAGCAAGAUCACAGAUUCGGGCGUGGCCCACUUGGUGGGCCUGGACAGCCUGUCCACACUCGACUUGACGCGCUGCGGGAUCACGCACAAGAGCCUGGUGUUGCUGGGAGGCCUGACCAACCUCAGCAGUGUUAGUCUGGGAUGGGUCAGGCAGUACCCAGUCGGCGGUGAGGAGUUCCUUGUGGCCCUGAGAUUCUCUAAGGAGACAGGGUGA